AUGAGGACUUCUUUGGUAUUUCUCGUUUCGGCCCUUUCUGCAGGUGUUUGCUCCCUCGACACCCAACAAGUGCUCGGGACCUCGUACCAGUGCCAGAACGGUGCAACACCUGCAGCUACGUGUACUGAUCCAUCGAACGUACCCACAUGCGCCUGCUCCUGCUCCAACGGUGUCACGUACAAUGAGCCACUCUCUGCCCAUACCUCCAGAAAUUCCAGCCCCUUUCCCGACACUUGCCAGGCUGAAAAGGGCGAAUGUCUCGAUCGCGAAAAAUCACUCACCGCCCAAGUUACCGAGGUUCAAGAGAAGCACACAGAGUGCGAGGCAACAUCCCUAGCCGACCGUCAAAAGGCGGAACUGGAUGCCUUGCAACAAGAUCAGAACUGCAAACUGGAGUUGAGCAACAAGGAUGUGGAGAUCUCUCAAUGCAAGCGACAGUCGACCGACGACGUAAAUGCUGCAAACAGUGCUUGCAAGGUACAUUUGAGCAGCAAGGAUAUAGAGAUCACUCAAUGCAAGCAAAAGUCGACCAUCGACCUCAAUGCUGCCAACAGUUCUUGUAAGGCCAAAGAAGAUGCACUCAACACAAGGUUAUCCAACUACAAGAAGAAGAAUUAUCGCUACCUGGGCUGCUACACCGACAGUGCCAACCGAGUUAUUUCCGGGAAAGAGACAAUCGAUGUUAGGAUGACGCCUCAGAUGUGCGCCGCCAUCUGUGAGAACUCUACUUUCUUUGGUCUCGAGUACAACAGAUACUGUUAUUGUGGCACUGGUAUCAUGAACAACCAUAAGUUGGUCUCUGGAGAUCAAUGCGAUCGCAAAUGCCAAGGUGACAAUGGUCAGAUCUGUGGAGGUACCUGGAGGGCAUCUGUUUAUGCAAGGACGGAAUAG